GUCAAGUACUCCACUCUACAGCGCCAGCCCCACAACCCCAGAGGUGUUAGGUGUAUGUAUAUAUAUGCCGUGCCGGUAUGUAUCAGGACAUCAACAGAAUUAAGAGGUGUCGACACUCAAAAGAGUCAAGACACGACUCCACGCGCGCCGCGAGGGUUGAGACUUGAGAGGGUUGGGGACACCAUGAGCGCCGCCGGGCGAUCCCCGUGCGGGCUGCCGCGCAUCGGCCUGGGCACGGCGGUGCAGGGGCCCCGACCGGACGCCGUCCGCGCCGCGGCGCUCCGCGCCAUGAUGCUGGGCUACCGCCACUUCGACACGGCCGCGCACUACGCCACCGAGGCGCCCAUCGGGGAGGCCGCCGCCGAGGCCGUGCGCGAGGGGGUCGUCGCCUCCCGCGACGAGAUCUUCGUCACCUCCAAGGUCUGGUGCGCCGACGCCCACCCCGACAGGGUGCUCCCGGCCCUCCGCAAGACGCUCAGCAAUCUCCAGAUGGAGUACGUGGACCUGUACAUGGUCCACUGGCCCGUGACCAUGAAGGCCGGGAAGUUCACGGCCCCCUACACGCCGGAGGACUUGGAGCCGUUCGACAUGCGGGGCGUGUGGGCGGCCAUGGAGGAGUGCCACCGCCUGGGCCUCGCCAAGUCCAUCGGCGUCUGCAACUUCUCCUGCAAGAAGCUCGAGACCCUGCUCUCCUUCGCCACCAUCCCGCCUGCAGUCAACCAGGUUGAGAUCAACCCCGUGUGGCAACAGAGGAAGCUGAGGGAGUUCUGCAGGGACAAGGGCAUCCAGCUGUGUGCCUACUCGCCGCUGGGCGCCAAGGGCACGCACUGGGGCAGCGACUCGGUGAUGGACUCCGGCGUCCUGCACGAGAUCGCCAAGUCUAAGGGCAAAACCGUCGCCCAGGUGUGCCUGAGGUGGGUGUACGAGCAAGGGGACUGCCUGAUCGUGAAGAGCUUCGACGAGUCGCGGAUGAAGGAGAACCUGGACAUUGUGGACUGGGAGCUGACGGAGGAGGAGAGGCAGCGGAUCAGCAAGAUCCCCCAGCGGAAGAUCAACCAGGGCCGCCGCUACGUCUCCGAGAACGGGCAGUACAAGUCCCUCGAGGAGCUCUGGGACGGCGAGAUAUGACGUUCGCCCUGCCAUGCGUGGCUGAUCGACGAGCUUCCAACGCGUCGCGUUUUCUGUCACCUGUCCGGCCCGUUCCUGCAAGCGACCGUCGUGGCUGCAACAGAAUGCUGCUUUAGUUUCCAGUGUGUCAAAUUAAAUAAGGAGGAUCAUGGGUACUGAACUACCGAUCACCAAACACAAUAAACAGUAGAUGGUUAUCAUGUA